GUGUAUAUUUUGGGGGUAUUGUGUUCUUCGGGAGCCCAGAAUGCUGCCUGCAGCCCCACUGCCCACGCUGAAGGAGGAAGCAGAUAUUAAAUAUCUCCAAUUAGCGGGCAGACAGCCGCUGCAGAUUGCAGGGCUCUGGGCAGGCAUUUCCACGCUCUGAGAGCUCAGCCUCUCCAUAUUGCUGAUGUUAUGCAUACGCAUAACUUUCCUUGCCCCAUCAGUAACCCAAUUGCACGGCAGCAGAGCCGGCUGCUCACAGCACGGGGACGUUUCCCUUUCCCUUCCCCCCUCCCAGCUCAGCACGGAGGUGAUGCUCCAACCCAUUCCCAACCAUAAGAGAAAAAAAGAAAAAAGCCACGGGAAGAUGAAGUUUCCCAUUUCACGCUGCAAUGGUUGCGCUGCCGGCGAGGAGAGGGAAAGCGGCGUUUUGUGACUCAUCUCUCUCUCUGCUCAGUUCCUCUGCUCAUCGCCCACCUUUUCCACCCCCAAAACACACGCUCAGCAGGCUGAUUCACAAACAUGCUACGUCUUCUUUUUGUGUUGGUUUUCUCCUUUUUUCCUCCCCUCUUUUCCUCCAAGUCGCUUCCCUUAGGGGCGAUGCUCUGCACUCCAACAGCACAACUGCGCGCUCCCAUCGUUGUGCUGUAGGGAACUCAGGUUUGGAUCCCACACUUUCCUCUCAGGCCGCCCAACCUCGCGUGUACAGAAAGCCCCUUGUCCCCUCGUUCUGCUCUAUGGGAGGGAUGCAGUGCAGCUGCACCCACGGGUGCUGCCUUUCCCCGGGGUUUGCCCUUGGGCUUCCCCUCACCCUGCACACACGUGUGAUAACACUCACGGCCCCAUUUCUGUGCUAUGUGUGCAGAGUGUGGUUGAGGUGUUGGUUGCUUGGGGGGAUGCCCAGUGCAUGCUCAGGGAGUGCUGCUCCCACAAAGCAUCCUUUGAACCCCCCCCAAAAUACCUUAAUGAGCCCAGUACAGCCCAGUGCAACUCAUCUUCUUUUUCCAACGACUGUUGCUUUCUGCGCAUUUCAGUCCUUCUCCGUCCCCAGACCCAACUCUGAGCCAUUCUGUUGCAUUUCUGUGGUCACGUCUCUUGGGGUGAAUCCCAAACAGCGAGCGCUGGGCUUGCAGUGCCCUGAAUCCAGAUGUGGGGCAGCGUGCACAUGGGGCACCCCCAAUCCAGGUGUUGUUCUGCAUGUGGUGAACCCCGGGAUCCAGGUGUUGCUCUGUCCCACACCUCUUCCAUUUGCCUGCCGCUAAAGAUUGAGAUGACAUGAUGCUUUUUCAUGUGUUCUUAUGAUGCUUUUCCCUGCUUCUCCUAUGUGCAGACCUCUGGAUGAGCCAGCUUUGAUUUUUUUCCCCUAUAUUCAGUGUUGGCACGUUGAGGUGGGAUGGUGACGCUCCAUCAAAAUGCCUUUUUUAAGGGUUAUUCAGUGUGAGUGUGGGCACGCUGUGCCAUUACCCAGGUAGGGCCUGGAGGGUACACCCCCACAGGGAGCCCCGCAUGGGGAAUUUGGGGCACACUGAGCACUCUACAGCACCCCAUCCCCACGGAGGCUGCACAGAACAUCACAAAUGGGUUGAUGGUUGGACUGGAUGACCGUAGUGAUCUCCCCCAGCCUUAACGAUUCUGUGAUUCUCAAGCUGUGAGCCAUGGCAUAAAGCACACACUGUGCAUGGGAUAUCAGGGCUGCAAAACGCCUCUUUCAUCUUUUUACCCCCAAAGCUGGGAGUGAAAGCGGAUUGCUGCUGGAUUGGGGAUGGGGAUGGGUUGGCUUCAGUGCUGCCCACAGCUCAGAAGGGCAGACCCCGUCCCACCUGCGCUCACUGCUGUGCGUGUGAUGUAUUGGUGCUUUGUGACUCACAGUUCUCUCUCUCGAUAAACACCUCCCGGCCGUAGCAUCGGAGGAGGGAGCGCACAACAGCAGCCUACCUUGAAAAUACGUACAGCCUGAAAAAAAAAAAAAAAAAGAAAGAAAAGGAGAAAAAAAAAAGCAGUAAUUAAGAAACGCAACGACCCGAUGCCGGAGCCCGACACUCGCCGCUGCUAUCGCUCUUUACAACAGAACUCCCUGCAGAAGAACGAAAGUCCCUCUGGGAGCUGGUGCUGGAGCAGUUUGAAGAUCUCCUGGUCCGCAUCCUUCUGAUGGCAGCAUUCCUCUCCUUUAUCCUGGCCUGGUUUGAAGAAGGAGAGGAGAGCACAACAGCCUUCGUGGAGCCCAUCGUCAUCAUCAUGAUCCUGAUUGCCAAUGCUGUGGUGGGUGUGUGGCAGGAGAGGAAUGCCGAGAGCGCCAUCGAGGCCCUGAAGGAGUAUGAGCCCGAAAUGGGGAAGGUGAUCCGUGCCGACCGCAGUGGGGUGCAGCGGAUUCGCGCUCGUGACAUCGUCCCCGGGGACAUCGUGGAGGUGGCAGUUGGUGACAAGGUGCCAGCAGACAUCCGCAUCAUUGAAAUCCGCUCCACCACGCUGCGGGUUGACCAGUCCAUCCUCACAGGGGAGUCCAUGUCGGUGAUCAAACACGCUGACCCCAUCCCCGACCCCCGUGCUGUCAACCAGGACAAGAAGAACAUGCUUUUCUCUGGUACCAACAUCGCAGCUGGGAAGGCUGUGGGAAUCGUCAUUGCAACAGGGGUGUACACAGAGAUCGGGAAGAUCCGAAACCAGAUGGUGGAGACAGAGCCUGAGAAAACCCCGUUGCAGCAGAAGCUGGAUGAGUUCAGCCAGCAGCUCUCUAAAGUGAUCUUCCUGGUGUGCAUCGCCGUUUGGGUCAUCAACAUCAGCCACUUCAGUGACCCUGUCCAUGGUGGCUCCUGGUUCCGAGGUGCCAUCUACUAUUUCAAGACAUCAGUGGCCCUGGCGGUGGCUGCCAUUCCUGAGGGCCUCCCGGCUGUCAUCACCACAUGCCUGGCACUGGGCACCCGCCGCAUGGCCAAGAAGAAUGCCAUCGUGAGAAGUUUGCCCUCAGUGGAGACACUGGGGUGCACCUCUGUCAUCUGCUCUGACAAGACCGGCACCCUCACCACCAACCAGAUGUCCGUCUGCAGGAUGUUCAUCAUGGAGAAGGUGGAGGGUACUCAGUGCAGCCUGCAUGAGUUCAGCAUCACCGGCUCCACCUAUGCCCCCGAGGGACAGAUCCUGAAGGACGAGAAGCCGGUGCGGUGCGGGCAGUACGAUGGGCUGGUGGAGCUGGCUACUAUCUGUGCUCUCUGCAAUGAUUCCUCACUGGACUACAAUGAGUCAAAAAAAGUCUACGAGAAGGUGGGGGAAGCCACUGAAACUGCCCUGACGUGCUUGGUGGAAAAGAUGAACGUGUUCGACACGGACACCAGCAAGCUCUCCAAGGUGGAGCGAGCCAACGCCUGCAAUUCAGUGAUCAAACAUCUGAUGAGGAAGGAGUGCACCCUGGAGUUCUCCCGUGACCGCAAGUCCAUGUCGGUGUACUGCACGCCCACUGGCCCUGGUCACAACUCUGCUGGCAGCAAGAUGUUUGUCAAGGGUGCCCCAGAGAGCGUGAUUGAGCGCUGCACCCACGUCCGUGUGGGCACAGCCAAGGUUCCACUGACCCCACCUGUGAGGGAGAAGAUCCUGAGCCAGAUCCGGGACUGGGGCAUGGGCACUGACACGCUGCGCUGCCUGGCAUUGGCCACCCAUGAUGCACCCGUCCAGAGGGAGACCAUGCAGUUGCACGACUCCACCACCUUCACCCACUAUGAGACCAAUCUGACCUUUGUGGGCUGCGUGGGGAUGCUGGACCCUCCCCGCAAGGAGGUCACUUCCUCCAUUGAGAUGUGCCGCAAGGCCGGCAUCCGCGUCAUCAUGAUCACGGGCGACAACAAGGGCACGGCGGUGGCCAUCUGCCGCCGCAUCGGCAUCUUCACAGAGAGCGAGGAUGUGGCUGGCAAGGCCUACACGGGCCGGGAGUUCGAUGAGCUGUCCCCAGAGGCACAGCGGCAGGCGUGUCGUGAGGCUCGCUGCUUCGCCCGCGUUGAGCCGGCGCACAAGUCCCGCAUCGUUGAGUACCUGCAGUCCUUCAAUGAGAUCACCGCCAUGACGGGCGAUGGCGUCAACGAUGCCCCAGCCCUGAAGAAAGCAGAGAUUGGCAUCGCCAUGGGGUCCGGCACGGCUGUUGCCAAGUCAGCCGCUGAGAUGGUGCUCUCUGACGACAACUUCUCCACCAUCGUGUCGGCCGUGGAGGAGGGCAGAGCCAUCUACAACAACAUGAAGCAGUUCAUCCGCUAUCUCAUCUCCUCCAACGUCGGGGAGGUUGUGUGCAUCUUCCUGACAGCCAUCCUGGGCCUGCCCGAAGCCCUCAUCCCAGUGCAGCUGCUGUGGGUGAACCUGGUGACAGAUGGACUGCCAGCCACCGCACUGGGAUUCAACCCCCCUGAUCUGGACAUCAUGGACAAGCUGCCGCGCAACCCCAAGGAGCCUCUUAUCAGUGGAUGGCUCUUCUUCCGUUACCUGGCCAUUGGAGUGUACGUGGGGCUGGCCACGGUGGGCGCAGCGACCUGGUGGUUCUUGUAUGACGCUGAGGGACCGCAGGUCUCCUUCCAUCAGUUGAGGAACUUCAUGCGAUGCACCGAAGACAACCCCAUCUUCGAAGGAGUUAACUGUGAAAUCUUCGAGUCUCGAUACCCAACCACGAUGGCUCUGUCUGUGCUGGUGACAAUCGAAAUGUGCAAUGCUCUGAACAGUGUCUCUGAGAACCAGUCACUGCUGCGAAUGCCCCCAUGGCUCAACAUCUGGCUGCUGGGGGCCAUCGUCAUGUCCAUGGCUCUGCACUUCUUCAUCCUCUACGUCAAGCCCAUGCCUCUCAUCUUCCAAGUGACCCCGCUGAGCUGGCCGCAGUGGGUGGUUGUCCUGAAGAUCUCCCUGCCCGUCAUCCUGCUCGACGAAGGACUCAAGUACCUUUCCCGUAACCACCUGGAGGGGAUUCUCAGGACAGUAAGAAACACAUGGAGCGGGGAGCACCAGUUGAAAACCUGCAGGACUCCAGAGCAAGGGAGAAGAGGACAAGAAAUGAAUGACACGAAGGAGAUGCUCCAGGCUAAAGGACCCCAAACGUGUAACUCGGACUGAGGGUUUGCAUGCGUGCCCACCGCUAGCAGCCAGCAGGACAUGCAUGUGUCCCACUACCAGACAAAUGCGGGUGAAUCGUCGAAAAGAAAAAACCCUGAUUUUUUUGUUUUGUUUUGUUUUUGUUUUGUCACUUUCCUUUUCCUGUACAUAACAGUGCAAUCGCUGGCCAACUGGCGGAGGGCUUUGGGGAUGGAGCUAUGGGGCCGCGGGGUGGUCGGAACGUGGUUCCUUGGGGAUUUGUUCCUGCAGCAUUGGAGGCCCUCUCACAAAGCUUUGUCCCAGCACAGUGAGCUGAGUCAGGGCAGGGAACCGUGGGGGGGUUGGGGCUGGAGGCGUGAGAUGGGGUCUGUGGGGUGCGGUGGUGCUAGGGACAGCAUCAGGGCGAGGUGUCCUGGAGGACCGCUGGUGCCAUGGUUGUGUGUGUGUGCAGCAGAAGCUGGAGGUCUCCCUGUCCUGCUGUCCUCUGGCCCUUCGCCUUCUCAGGUUCAUCCUACACCAAAUCGUGGCGUGGUUUUGUCCGUUCCCCUCCAUCCGAUGUCUUGUGAGCUCCUACUGGCACUGCUCAAGGUGCAGCCAUCUCCUCUGGAGGUGUUUGAAGCCAAGCGUGGGGAUGAACAAGGUGUCCUCUUGUCCCCACUUGCUCCUGGUCACGCUUCCUUUGCUCAGUUAUUUUCAAUUAUUUCCCUGCCGGGAGCUGUGCAUAGAGUGUAAGUCCUUAGGGGAACCAUGAGUUUGUGUCCUCUGCUAUGGGGAACCCCACUGUCUUGCACAGCACAUCCCUGACACCCACCAUCAGGAUGGGAAUGAAUGUAUGCUUGUACAGAACGUCCCCCAGUAGCACCCCUUGGUAGGACACCAGCUUGGUUGUCUCCUCCAGGAGGAUGGCGCAGGCUGCAGUGGGAGGUGGUGGAUCAGGGCAGUUUUGGGAUUCAGUCCAUUGAGCUGCAGGGUGGGUCAUCCAUCCCAGCUCCCCACACGCUCCUUCCCAUUUUCCUUCCUUCUCCCCACGAUCCAUCCUGGUGAUGCUUAGCUACCCUCUACCUUUGCUUUCUCCCACGUCCCAGCCUGGAGGACCCAGCAGCACUAGAGCCAGGCUUUGCGAUAGCAUCUUGCUCCCUUACUUUUUUUGCCUCUUAAAAGCUUCCAGUGCUUUUCUUGUUCCUCUUUCCCAUGGGCAGGAGCACACCUUGCCCUGGGCACUAUGAGCAGAAGCCAUCCUUCUUUCUUUUCUCCAUCACCAGCAUUGACAAAGAUGAGCAGAGCCCCCAGACCAAUGGGAAUGUACAGAAUUGUUAUACUACUGAGCUGAUCUAAUUGUACAGAAAACCUUGCAUGAGAUGUUGUUACUGUAUUUAAUAUAUAAUGUAUUCAAGGAAUUUUAAUAUGGAGCUCUUUAGGAAGAUCUUUAUAGUUACUCUGUGGUUAGAAGGUUGUUGCUGAUUUUUUAAAAAAUAUUAUACUUUGUCUUGAAGAAGUUUUAUUUUUCAAACAUUAUGUCUGAGUUAAUUGGUGUUCCCAUGGGGACAACCAGUUCCUCUUAAAGGGCAAUUUUCCCCACAAAUGAGACUCAGCCCGGUGCAGAGGAACAGGACAUGCCCCAGGUACUGCUUCCACCUUCCACAGGGCUUCCAUAGGGCUGCAGGUGUGGGUUUGCCCUUCACAAAAAGGGUGGAUUUCUCCAUGGUUUGGUACAGAUCAUCCCCAGUUCUCUGUGCAGGGCGAUACCCAGCAGGAAUUUCAUCCAGCACCCAAUGUCAGCACAGCGUUUUAUCCAGUACCAGCUCAGGGACUUCAGAGGAGAUGUUCUUCUGUUUCUCUGGGGCUGGAAGAUAACGUGGGAGAGGUCGGAGCUGAUUCAGAGCAUCCCAGCCCGUCAGUAGGAUCUGGUGAGGUUUUCAGCUUCCCAGUGCCUCUCUCUGGGACACAUCAGCCCAACUGUCUGUCCCACCUAAGGGGACCUGCUCAGUCCAUCUGCUCACCCUGAGCAUAAAUGGCUGCUGUGGGAUUGUUAAUUCGACCCAAAGAUGUGUGUGUGUGCAAAGGUCCCAAUAAUGAGCACUGAGUGAUGGGUAGGAAUUUCUUAUAUGUAUGGAGAAUUAAAUGAAAAAAAUCUCAGAGAGAUGAAAUCAUGGCACUUUAACUCUUUAUUAAAUUCCUGCUGGACCAGAUGACCUUUAAAAGUCCCUCCCCAUUUAAAUGAUUCUAUAUAAUUCUAUGAUUCUGUGAUUUUUGCUUGGUCUCCUAUGAUGCCAGAGAGCUUGGGGUGAUGGUAACAGACAUCCUUUGUGCCCACCAGCAGAAGGCCAUUGGAAGAGGUCGUGCUUGGGUCAUUUUAUUGUUAAUGUGAAGCCAAGUUUGGGUUCUUUACCAUUGACCUACACCGUGCCACCAUGGGCAGUGCUGUGCCAUUGUGUUGCCAUUUGGCUGCAUUGUGAGUUACCAAACGUGAGCCAUUGUGGGCAAGAACUCAGAACAGAGCCCCAUCCAAAGGUUUGUUCUUCUGGCAGCAGCCAAAUGUGUUUGCCUUCUCCUUGUGAACUUCCAGACCCAUCUCAGAACUAGGUGGUGAGUGCAGGAAACCCAGGGCAGGCAUCCCAUUUCCCCUUCUCACUGGUUGAACCACAUCUCUCUUUUUCCCCUCGUCGUUUAAUUUCUCACCCCCCCUCUGGUCGGGUUUCACUCCAUUCUGUUUGGUGACAGAGGCUUUAUAGUACAGAUAUUUUAGUGAAGUAGGAGAAUAUCCACAGGCCAGAUUCUUUUUCCUUUGUGCUUGAGUGAGGAUGAAUGGCAGAGCAGGGUUUGUUGUGUGCUGGUGUUUGUUCAAACGAGAGAUCCCAGAGCUGAGAGCAUCACAGUGGGAUCUACUCUGGUUUUGGUCCAUACCCAGCAUGACUCUGUCUCUUAGCCCAGAUGCAAAGGGUCACCCAACCCUGGUCCUGCCCUCUCAGUGCCAUUCAGCUUUGGGUGGAUGUGGGGCAUGAAGUGAGCCUACAUCUGCAUAGGGUGGCAGUGAUAAGAGCUCAGAUUGGGCACGUGGGAGCCAAUGGAGGAUGAGCAGUGAGGCCAUAGCAUGGCUUCAGCCUGAGGAUGUGCUUGUGGAAUGAUACGGGAUGCCCACACCAAAUCCAGAAUCUGAGUUUGUGCUUCGUAGCAAGAGGUAAAUCACUAUAUCUGGGGUGGGGGGAGGGCGUUACUUGAGGGGUAGAACUGAAAGAAAUGAGGUUUCCUAUUUUAUUAUAUGAGAGAUAUUUUUCCACUCAAUUAUUGCUUCUGACGUCGCGUCCCAGUGCCCGCGGCGCAGCCACCAGGCUUGUCGCCGUCACAUGCACGCCGACCACUCUGUUCACACAAUAUUGGGCUGAUUUGUUUUAUACUUAGGAAAUUACAGAAAUAAAAGCAAUUUUACUGGA